UAGAAGAUUGCUAACAAUAGUUUAAAGAACUGAUCAGCAGUGCUCCUCGUAUAUGCUUUGCCAUUUUAUUCAGACUACCCUUGAGCUGUCGACAUACCAAUUAUAAGACGCUUCAUGCAGAACUCCACAUGCCAAAUCCAGAAAACUUCAUAGGGAGUCUGUGAUGCUUGCCCUUGAACUAAAUGGCGAUGACUUAGGAUGGCACUGCAAUGAGUGUCAAUUCAUGACGUAAGACGUCGUUAAUUCACCAUGUUGAAUCAGGCACACCUACCAGACCAGACACGACUCGACUGAAAAGGGCUGGAGAUUGGCUAGCGUCAAGGGUCCUUCCGGCAUGGGAACAGAGCACCGACCCUUCCUGUAAAUUGACUUCCAUGAACUGAGAGUUCACGUGUCACUUGACUACGUGUCACGCUUUUGAGUACGUGUCGCUCGGGCGUUCAACAAAAUAGCCAGCAGAGCACAUACGCUGACGCAUUCCUUGCAUAAAAGAGAGAAUAAGGGGUCGUAGGUCCGAGAGAGAGAGGGAGAGAGAGAGAGAGAGAGAGAGAGCGAGGGAGGCAGCUAUGGAGAUGAAAGCAACCAGAGGUCAAGGUGAUCGUUUUGCUGAAAACCCUACAGCAGAGCAGCAGCAGACUGGUCAUCAUGAUACUGGUGAAAGGGAUCAAAACCAUGGAAAGAAGUCGGUGUUGAAGAAGGUGAAGGAGAAAGCCAAGAAGCUGAAGGACAGCACGAUCGGAAAGAAGAAGCACCGGGAAGGGGAGGGCGGCCCACCUCAUAAAGGUGAAGUCCGAGAACACGGCCUUCCUCUCGAUUACAUGGAAGAGGAGGAGGAGGAGUAUGAAGGGGUUGAGGAGGAGGAUGAGGAGGGGAACUUAUUGGGAGCAGACCCACCUCCUGGUAAAGUAACGGAAAAGAUGGGGCAAUCUGAACCGUCCGGUGCGAUCAAACCAGGCAUCUAUAAGCCCCCAGAUCCCCAGCUGCAAGGCGGUUCAGUGAUGGGAUUGAAGGACGUCGUCAACUGGCCGAUGCUUGGAGCGACUGAGGUAUUCCUACCGGUGGGAGAGCAGGAAUCUCGUCCGUUGGAUGAGGACGCCGGCGCAAAGAGGAGCGAACCUGCUCUGAUCUCUCCCGUGCGCGGUUCGAAGGAGGAGGUUGAUGUGCCGGAGCCAGGACGGAGAGGUGCCAGCGGUCGACCGUUCGACGAGGACCCCGAUGCCAAAAGAAGCGAGCCGGCGGUCGUGAGUCCGGACGUCACUGAGGCCGCCGAUCAGAAGCCAGUGGCUAUGGAGGAUACUGAUCUGGGACCCGUUCUUAAGUCGAUAAAAGAUCUGAAGUUCAGCGAAGAUUUCCCCACCGGCAGCCAUGACCAGUUCGCGCCGGAACCUCCGGCAGAGCCAGAGACCGAGCUGUCGCGGUCCGAGGUCGCCGGAGAGGCGAAGCCGACGUCGACCCUGCUGACCGAGAAGGUUGCAUUGGCCAAAGAUGCCAUCGCGUCCAUGGUGCACCCCAAGCGCGACGAUGAGGGAGUGUCGGCGUCAAAGUAUGUGAUGGAGAAACUGAGCCCAGGGGAGGAGGACAAGGCGCUGUCGGAAGUGAUCCAGGAUGCUAUUCACGCCACUACUAAGGUUGGAGAUCGGGACGAUAGUCAGGCCGGAGCAAAGGAGUCGGGAUCGGAGGCUGCUGCCGGCGGCAAUCGCAAAGGAGUGGUGGAGAAGGUGAAGGAAGUGGCGGCUUCCCUGGUUGGAAAAGAUCAGCCUCACGAUGGUGGUCACCAGGCUUCAGAUUUGGGUAGAGAGGUGGAAGGUGCUGAGGACAAGAAGCUGCAAGAAUCAACCAUCUAAACCUCUCAUGGUUUCACCUUUUCGAAAAAUAAAGCGUGGUCAUCCUGCUGUUUUAUGGUGUUUGUUGUGUGUCUCUCUCAUGAAUAUGUGUAUAUGGUACUGUUUGAAGUUUGUAUCUAUGUAUAUGUUUUAGGAUUUCUUUUUGCUUCGUUGAUCUUUCUCUUAGGAGCUGUCACUUUGGUCCUGGUUUGCAUUCAUUUGGUUACGGAGAACGGAGGAUGGAAGGUAAUGCGAAAUGAUUGGACGGUCUUGGUAAGUUUGUGCAUGAUAUGGUGGCAAAUCUGGUUGGAAGGUGCUUACUGGUCUUGUAUUUUUCUUUUUCGUUAAAAGCAUUAUCUAUAGUUGGUGGCUUAAUUUAUAGUUGUUGAUAUACGACCAGCCUGCAUUUCA